GACAGUGCUGCGGGGUGGCUCCGGGGGCGGGCGCCUGCCGGGGCUCCGGGCUGGGCAGACCAUCCGCCCGCGGGCGGCCGGCGCCGUGCGGGCAGCUGGAGCGGAGUCCAGCCCCGCUAGUGCCGGCGGUGGGCGUGGGAGGUUCUGGCCUUCGGAAUUACAGGAAAAAGCGUUACUUGUGCUCAGCCGGGCAACUUCCCAUUUUGUCCGUCCCUUCGCGGUCGCGGGGAGGCAGAGGCCCCUGUUAAAACAAGCGCAGCUGAGCAUUUUCUGCCCAUACUUACUGAGAAGGAAAAUGUUCAGCAGUUUGAUUUGGAUGUUUGUCCUGCUCUGCAGCUCUGUAGCAGAUAAAAACUCCAUCAGAGAUGCUGACAUUUUUCCUUCAUCUCCUGAAAUUGAAAGAGGAUCGUCCCUGAAACUAUCCUGUGUUCUUAGAAAGAACUACAUGCCACAGAGAAAUGCAAACCACAUCAUUUGGAAAUUGAAUGAUGAAUUGAUUGCUCCAGAAAACUAUAACAUUGUGAAUAAGACUGUAUCUAAUAUAACCAUCCAUAAUUUCACUUACAGCACAGCUUACGUGGAAUGUUUAAUGAAGUACUCGGACAAGGAACUACCUUUGGUUCACACAGAAGUUAAAUCUGGCUAUCGUCCAGACAUUCCAGAAAAUAUUUCCUGCAUUUAUUUCUAUGACGUUAACCUUACCUGUUCCUGGAAUGCAGGAAGAGAAACAAGUCUUACAACGAACUAUACUCUUUACCGAAAACUGAUGUCUUCUCCAGAUUCAGUUAGAACCUGCCCGACUAGAACAGAGUCGUGUUCAUUUUUUUAUCCUGACAAUGAUUAUAAUAAUGAUUUUUGUUUUCAAGUGGAAGCUAAAAAUGUUUUGGGUGCAUCCUUAACAGAGUGUGUCCCCAUACCUUUGCAAAAAAUAGAGAAAUUUGCCCCCCCUGAAAUACUUUCAGUUAAAAAAAUCCCUGGUAUAAAGCAGUUACUUACAGUAACCUGGAAAAUGCCUGAGAAGAUUAUCCCUUUAAAACAUAUUAUUUGCCAGGUUCAAUACAGAAACUUGUAUUCAAACUUUACCGAAUUUGUCAAUGUCUCACUGAAUUCUAAGAAAAAUAUAGGAUCAUGUAAUCUCACAGGUCUGUGGGACUCCACAGACUAUUCUGUUGCCAUUCGGUGUGUCAAUAAUGAGUCAGCAUUUUGGAGUGGAUGGAGUGGAGAGAAAAAUGAAAGUACAGAAGAAAAUGAUAGAAUGAUAACAGCAAGUAUUCGAGGAGACUUGAAAAAUGAUUCAAACAACAUGGGACGAAGGAAGAAAACAGAUGAGUCGACACUGAAGAGAGGGAAACAUAAGAGUGUACAUGGAGAUUUAACAAAGCAAACUCCUUCAGGAAAAGUGGAUUUGUGGAGAGUAAUUGAGUCUUCACACUCAUCUAGAAAUAGAUCUGUACAUCUUAUGUGGAAGCCAUUAAAAAGCUUUCCGCCUUCUGGGAGAAUUCUAGGCUACAAAAUACGGUAUUUUCCAGAAAACAAGGCUGCACAUAAAAGGACAAACAAUUCUACUGAACAGAAAAUAACCUUACUUUUAAAUGAAGAGGCACAUAUAAUAUCUGUCACUGCUUAUAACUCUGCUGGAGAGUCUCCUGAAGCUAUUUUGAGGAUUCCAUCCCCUGAUGAAAAAUCCUCUCAGAUGAUUGAAAAAGUGGUGACCUCUACAACAAAUGAAGAAGUGGCAGUGCAGUGGAUAACCUCUGAACCAGAAACAACCAAAUAUGUGGUUGAGUGGUAUGAGGAAUUGGAGAUGGACCCUUUUGGUAGAUCAUGGCAAUAUGUAUCAAAUUCUACAGAGUGGAAAAAUAACAAAAAAAACUUUAAACCAUUUAUAUGCUAUAACAUCUUGGUGUAUCCUCUUGAUGGAAGUAAUGUAGCAGCUCCAUCUUACACACAAAUCUAUGCUGAAGAAAAAAAGCCAUCAGAAGGACCUGUGGCUGAUACAGGCAUUCUGGGGAAAAAUGAAGUUACAAUAAAGUGGAAUGAGAUUUCAAAGGCUAAAAGAAAUGGAUUUAUCACUAACUAUACAAUAUUUUAUAAACCUGAAGAUGGAAAAGAAUUGAAUGAAACAGUGAACUCUGAUGUUCUACAAUACAGACUGACGUCCUUACAGGCUAAUACACAAUAUACUGUUCAGAUCAUGGCAAGCAACAAAGCUGGGGGAACCAUUGGAGAGCCAAAAACCUUCAAGACUUUAAAACUGGAUAAAGAAGAUAUCUUUUUCAUUGCUAUACCUGUUGAGAUAAGCAUUUUAUGUCUGAUAGGCCUUUGGAUAACAUGCGUUUUGAAAAAGCACACGUUUAAAAAGGUUUGCUGGCCUGAUAUACCAAAUCCUGAAGAAAGCCUUGCAGUGGAAUGGCCUCUUGCUUCAUCUGUGAAUAAUUCAUUUUUGAAGAGAAUGUCAUCUCAGACCAAAACUGUAGACUUUGAAGAAAUAAAUGUUUUGGAAUAUUGUUUUCCUGAAGAAAAUCAGGAAGGAUCCCUACUAAUAAAUUAUGAAAACCAUGUUUCUGAAUGUACUGAUAUUAAUACAAAAGGCACAACUAACAGAAAUGAAAAGAUACUGCAUAAUGAAGAGAAUGAAGCUGCUAAAAGCUUUUCCCCAUCCAUGCCUUAUAUAAUUACUGAUCAAUUUACCACAAGUCAAAUGCAUUCAGCUUUGAUACCAGUGAAGGAAGUCCAGCCCAUAGAAGUGGUGGCAAAUGAUUUGGGUGGAUCCCAGCAGAAUCCAAUUAAAAAUGAAGAAAAUGACAAUGAGGAAGUUUUAAGGCUGGAAGAUUUCAGUGAAAAAGCACUGUUCAAUCCAUAUCUUAAAAAUUCAGUUAAAACCAGGGAAUUCCUUGUUUCUGAGAGCUUGCCAGAGCGCAGUACGGAUGAAUGCAAAAGCCAGUCAGGUGCCUUACCUCCUUUUCAGCCAAAUGUUCUGGCACAAUCCUACAUAACAGUGGACAUGUUCAGGCUGGCCAAAGGAGCAUCCAGCAGUACAAGCAGCUCAUCUCUUGCUCCCCACACAACCAGUUCCUAAGUCUCAGCUCUGAUGGAGAGACAUGGACAGACUUGAACAGAGUCAGAAUCUGCCAAAUCCUUCCUUCAGUUACAUGGAGCAGAGCUACUUUCCUGUUCUUAUUUCCCUUGAUUGUUUUUCAUCUGGUUUUAUAUAUCAUGCUCCUCUUGUUUUACAAAUAUUUUCUGCAUUUCAGGAGUUGUCUUUUUGUAUCCUGACUCCUGAAUUAAUAGUUUGGCUUAUAGUUUCUUGUCUUUAAUGAGAGUAUACUUGCUAUGUUACCUGCAUUUUGGAAAAUGUGUUAUGCUUCCUAUGUUGCUUCCUUUCCUUUCUCAUGGUUUUAAUAGUCCUCAACAUUUUGUGCUGUUUUUGUUUCUACUGUUUGUUUCGUAAAAACAAACGGGAGAAACAAAACUUAAGAAGUUAUCCUUCAACAAGCAAUUUUAUCUUCUUGCUCUGUCCUUCUAAUUUGUUUCAAUUUAAAACUGUGUUUCCCUGCUGAGGUUUUGAUAUUUUGAACUGAAAAAAAUAUCAACUAAAUAUGUCAUUGUGUUAGAAUAAGCAUUGAGUUAGGAAGUUAUUUUUCAGGGAGGUAAUGAAAAAACACUAAGUCUGUAAACUCUUCCCGGAUAUUCUUUGGUAAUUGAUUUAGGAUUAGGUAUUUCUACAUGAAGGAUAUAACUUUUGUCAUUUGUUUUAUGAUUUUGUUAAAUCAUAAAUCUAAUUAUAGUUUUCAUUUUACUGAUCAGCAAUUAAUCAGUAAAACACUCAAUCACACUAAUUUUUUAACAAGAAAGAGGCCAUUAUUGUAAACCUCUUAGUGAAAUACUCUGCUUAAUAACAGGUACAAAAACAUAGAGAGUCAAAUUAAUUGUAUUAGAAGGGGGUGUUCAGUUUGACAUAUAUGGGGUAUAUGGCAAUUUUAAGACUUUGAGCUAUUUUUACAGUAUUUAGAGACUUGAUGUAAUCAGUCUUGUUUACAGAUGAUUGUAGUUUGCACAACUACAGAUUUAUUUCAGGGUAAAAAAAGAUACAGGAGUUAUGGGGAUAGAAAAACGAGAGACAAAUGUGAAUAGGAUUAGAAAGUGUUUCCUUUCUGUGCAGGAGGAGGAGUGGAAGAAUGGAAAAUAUAUUGUAAGUGUGAAUGCGUGAAUGAGGAGGCUGAGCCUUUCCCUGGAUGCCGUGGCUAUUACUUGUAUUGUUUUGGUGAAAACAGUGUAAAGUUUUGCAUUUAGGAUCUUUUUCUGUAGUUUGGAAGCUGCUUUAACUUAGAACAAUGUUCCUCUAGUUGCCAAGAAAGGAUGGGAAAACAAUUUCUGCAAAUGUUCUUUUAGCCAGCAACACUGAUUUCCACCUCUUCUGUUUGUUGGAUCACUUUUCUCAACCACAGUGCUCCAAGAUGAAAUGCAUAUAUGUUUGCUCUUAUAAGCCCUUGCUCACUUAAGUGAGUCAUACUCUGAAAUUAGGACAAAGCUUUGGUUAGGUCAGUGGGUUUUUUUCUGCUUCUUCAGUUGGUUCUACACUUCUCACUUACAGUGAUGUUGUUGUCUACCCGGGCUCAGAGCUCACUGAUUCCAUCACAGCAAUUUUUUCCCUUAAAUCUCAGUGUAUGUCUUAAUAUCACAAUAUCUAAAAAUAAACACGUGCAGAGAUAUUUUGGGCCUUUCUAGGAAUUGUUUAGCAGCUACAUGAAAGCUGCAUAUUCUGAGUUGCAUGUUUGAGACAGGUGAAAAGUGAAAAUAAUGCAAUCUUUAAGGGAUCAUUAGAAAGGGGAGGUUCUUGCUGGGUGGCUUGGCUAGGUUAUCCUUGUAACAAUUCUUAGGUUCUGGAGGGUAACUAUAUCCUUCUUUUUUAUCCCACUUUAUUUUCUUCCCUAUUGAUAUGCUGCUUUUCUCUCCUCAUUUUUUUGCUUCCUUUCCCCAUUAUUUUCUCAGAAAAAGCAAAAUGCUAGAAGUGGGCUCAAUGCAUUCCAGAAAGGAAGGCUGCCUUUUGUACAUGCUUUGGAAAAGAAAGCUUCUAUAACUUGUUUAUUUUGCAUGGAGAGUUGUACUCUUUCUGACCUUUUGCAAUGUGUUGCUUAAACUAACACUGUGAACCAUUAAAAAGUUAAAACUGAGAAAACGUGUAAUUUUUUUUAAUUGAUUUAUACUAAAUGCAUCAUUUAGACAUUUUAGAUUUUCAUAUUCAUAUAGAAUAGGUCUCACUUUGGACUG